GCCCGCUCGCUCUCUGCUCCUGCAUGCACGCGUGUUGCCAGCACGACCCAUAAUUUAUAGCAUCACGAACGUCCUGGCCACGCUCACUUCCCCGUCCGAAGCAUACUACUCGUUCUAAUGGGCCCUUCAGCACCAUAUCAGACCGCAGCACUCCACGCCCCAUCACCACUGCACACCGCGGCCGCCUCCACCUCCUUCCAGCCCGCCUUCGCAGCCCAGCAGCCCGACCCGCGCGCCCUCCAUAUAGCCACCGCCGCCGCAGGCGCACACGCACCCGACCCCGAGGAGCAGACCGCCCACCCCCUGCGCUCGCGCGGGCAGCACGGGCUGCUUGCGGACGCGGAGGAGGACCCCUCGCACAGCGAGCAUGGCUCGGACGCCGCUGCGCCGUCCGAGUCGAUCGCCGACGCGAUGACCCACGGGCCCGGCCCCCACGGCGGCCUCACGCGGUCGCUCACACACAAGGAGCGCGAGCUCAUCAACCACCUCGACCGCCUCAAGUUCUUCCUCGCCACCGCGCCCUCGCGCUGGUCUGGCGACGACCCGUCGUCCGCUGCGGCCGCCGCCGCGGGCCUCCCGGUCGGCCACCCAAGCAGCGCACACCCGGCGCUGAACCGCUUCCUCCUGCCGAACUCCGAGUACGUGAGUUGCGUGCUCUGGGGCGGCCUCUACCAUAUCACGGGCACCGACAUCGUGCGUGCGCUCGUGUUCCGGUUCGAGGCGUUUGGCAGGCCGGUGCGGAAUAUGAAGAAGUUCGAGGAGGGCGUGUUCAGUGACCUCCGGAACCUCAAGCCAGGCAUGGACGCGUGUCUCGAGGAGCCCAAGUCGCCCUUCCUCGACCUGCUGUUCAAGUAUCAAUGCAUCCGAACGCAGAAGAAGCAGAAAGUCUUCUACUGGUUCUCUGUCCCUCACGACCGUCUCUUCCUCGACGCGCUCGAGCGUGACCUCAAACGGGAGAAGAUGGGCAUGGAGCCGACCACGGUGGUCAUUGGCGAGCCUGCCCUCUCCUUCACGUAUGAUUCGAAGCGCUCGCUGUACGAGCAGUUUAGCAAGGCUCAGAGUGGAUCUGACAACGAAGGCGAGACGGACGGCGCACUACGUGCCGAGCAAGGCACAAGCGAGUCUGACGGAGAGUCUACGAGUGCAUCGGCGCCAUCAGACGUCGAGUCGGAGGCAUCGGCGAAGCCCAAGAAGAAGUUCGGUCCCGCAUCGCCCUUCUUCUCGAUGUUCAGCCUCUUCGAAGGCUCGCCGACGUACAAGCAGCGGCGGAAGAAGCUGCACCGCACGCGGCGGACGCCGCCGGAUGCGUACAGCAUGGACAACUACAUGGGUCGGAUGCGCGAGCCGCACGUCGACCGAUAUGGGCGGGACACGACCCGGAUGAGCGCAGGCGAGCUCUUCAUGGCGCAGGCGCGGGGCGACUUCGAUGGGCAGAGCAACCCAGACCUCAUCGCAUCCCAGAAGGAGCGGCAGCGGCGUGCGCUGGAGGCGCAGUUCGCCCUCGCAAACCGGCAGCGCUUCGUGGACCCCGCCCGCGCGGGCGGCAUGCCACAGCCCACGCUUGCGCACGACAUGCAGGCCCCGAUGAUGAUGGAGGGCGUCCAGCCCGCGAUGCUGGCCCCGUUUCCCGGCCACAUGCCCCAGCGCCCCCCGCCGCAUUCAAGGCAUACCUUCCCCAACGCCGACUUCCCGCACCAUGCGCGCUCGCUGUCGCAGCCGUUUCCGAGCACGAGCGGCGUGCCCUUCGUCGACGUCGACGCGUGGCAGGGCGGCGGCGCGCCCCCGGAUAUGCUGGGCGAGUGCAGCACGCGCGCGAAGGCGUUCGUGUGUCCGCUCUUCUCGUGCGGGCGCAUGUUCAAGCGGAUGGAGCACCUCAAGCGGCACCUCAGGACGCACACCCUCGAGCGGCCGUACCUGUGUGAGCGCUGCCAGAAGCGGUUCUCGCGGUCGGAUAACCUCGCGCAGCAUGUGCGGACGCACCUUCGUACCGACGACGGCGGCGAGCCCGGCCCCGAGGGUGACCAGGAGCUCGAAGAGGCCGACCCGGACGUGAACGUCGGCGACGCGCAGAUGUACGAGGUCGAGCUUCAGGGCCCCGUCCACGAGGUCCAAGGCGACGAGGAAGGCCUCGUGAUGGCUGCUGGUGCAGUGCCAGUGGGUGGACCCUCCGACGAAGUCCAAGACGGAUUCUACCAGACGCAGUCCAUGAACCCAUCACCCGACGGAGGCAACUACAUGCAAACUGAGGGGUCCCCGGGUUCGCAGUGGGCGACUGUCCGACCACACUCAAGCAUGUCCUACACUGCUGGCCAGCCCAUGCGCAUGUCACCACCGACGUUCGGGAUCAGCAAUGACUACGGGCUGUCGAUAUCGGCGCCCUCGCACAAGGCUACGUUCGACCACGGGACUCUCUACCCUCCGGAGCUCGACGUGGGCGGCCCCGGCCCCAUCCGCCGCCAUCGCAGCGUGACGCCGGCGCGCUAUGGAGAGAAUAUUCGCCGCCCGUACAGCGUUGCCUCCGACCACGGCGUCCCUGUGGGGCGCUCCUACCACCCGUAUGCACAUGCGUACUCCGCGGAGUCCAGCCCGAUGGCGUCUACGGUUCCUCUAGGCUACAGUGGCGCAGCGCCGAUGGCGGCUUUGAGCCGGGCCCACUCGCGCGCCGGCUCGGGCUCGAGUAACGAGCUGCAGGACCAGAUGCGCCAGAUGAUGACGCUCCAGCAGACGGAGAUGGAUGCGGACCACUCGCAGGCGGCGUUCAUGCGCGACCCGAUGCUCACCUCGUACAGCGCGCCGACGUUCCGGACUGACUCGCCCAUGCAAUACGCCACGACGACGGGCAACGAGUACGAGCUCGUGAAUAUGCUCCCCGCGCAGGACGCCAGCCAGCAGGUGCCGAUGUAUGGUCUGUACGGCCUCCCGGAACAACAUGGCGAUCACUACUCCACCCAGGUCACGGUCUCAGAUGGAUCCUACUCAACAUUCACACAUGGAGACCCCCAGCAGGUCCUCAUGUGAACCAUGGAAUCGGAUUUACAGCACAAGCUUAAUUUAUUCUAUUCAUCAACCCACUAAUGCACCCAUCUAUCGCAAAUCUUCCACGUUCUGGACCUCCUCGAUUGUAUCUAUACAGUAAUCGCUGUCGUUAUUUCCUCUGCCCUGUCCUGCAAAAUGGUUUCCGCGUGUACGACCUCCGCACGCAAUACCUACUUACUACUUCGCCUAAUUAUACGCGCCAGACGC